ACCUUGAGCAGUAGUAUAAAACCCUCGCCGCCACCACACUCUGGCAGACAGCUCCUCUCCUGCCCUCAACAUGAACCCUCUGACUGUAGUGUGCAUCGCGGCUGUGGCGGCCUGCAGCAGUGGGCAGCUGAUUGGCUACCCAGGCAUGUAUGGCGCCUAUCCGGGUCUCCUACGAGCAGCAACACCUAUCACCCUGAAGUCUGGGACUCCCACACCCAUCGCCUACAACAUGGCCCCUUUCGCCCCUGUGAUGCCCAUCCAGACCCAACACCACUCUCAAGACGAAUUUGGUCAGUACUCCUUCGGCUUCGCUGGCGGUCCUUCUUCCCGCGCUGAGACCCGUGACGCCUUCGGCAUCGUCCGUGGAUCUCACAACUACAUAGACAGUGACGGCAAGGUGCAGACCCAGCACUAUGUGGCCGAUGCCCUUGGCUUCCGUGUGUCCGGCACCAACCUGCCCGUGGCACCAGAAGUCCCAGAGGCUGCUGCCCUGGCUGCCCCAGGUCCCCUCCCCGAGCCAGUCAAGGACACCGCUGAAGUCGCCGCCGCCAAGGUCGCCUUCAAGAGUGCUUAUGAUGAAGCCGCAGCAGCCUCCGCUGCUGCCCCCGAUACCCGUGCGAAACGGUCUGUCCCGGCAGCAACCACUCACCUCACCCCCUACCCUAACAUGCGCUUCUCUUAUGGGUUCUCUGCUCCCCUGAACUACGCCAACCCCGCCAUCUUUGGCUCCGCCAUCACUCCUUACGCCGCUGGCAUCCCCGCCAUCAACCACGCCGCCAGCAUCCCCUCCAUCAACUACGCCGCCGGAAUCCCCGCCAUCAACUACGCCACCGGCAUCAACGCCAUCAACUACGCAGCCGGCAUCCCUGCCAUCACCUCCUACGCCGCCGGUAUCCCCGCCAUCACCACCUACGCCGCCCCCUCUACUGCUACCCCACUUGACGCUGAGAUGCUCCGUGUGAUCAACACCCCAAACCACGCUGUCUCCUACCGCGUCGACUAAGCCACUAAGUCAGGGUCCAGCUGUCUCCUACGCCGUGUUCCAGGUGUCGUAGAACUCCUGUCGUGGAGGUCGUGAUGUAUGGCUCACAAUGUAAUGACAUCGAACCUUUGAUUGAUUACACAAAUGUCUCCAGUAAUCUCAUCAUGGAGAAUUCGAUGACAAUAGUUGAGGUGACCAUCACAACAUCUACACCUCCACGGCUUGGUGUUGACGAGCCUCCGCGGUCUGUGUAUAUGUGUUCAUGUUGACCUGAAUCUUCACAUUCCCUUGAAAAUGUUAAUAAAUAAAUAUUGCAAUGA